CACUGCAUAGGGGAUCCCAGCUGAGUCCUUCUCAGUUCUUGUCUGUGGGGGAACUCAGCAAGCAGCAAAGAGCCUCCAGCUACAGGUCUGUGGAGAUAACCCUUGCAAAACUUUCCCAAACGUGGACUUAGCAGAGAAUAUCCAGCUUUUAAAGAUUCUGAAUACGGAACAAAAUCCACACUAAAAAACCACGAUGACCACUGUAGCCACAGCCAAAAAUGACAACGGUGAAAAUAUCUCAUCUGCCGCUGUCCAUACUGUGCCAUGCCACGUGGAUUCCGAGUUCAGAUAUACCCUGUUUACUGUCUACUAUAGCAUCAUCUUCAUUCUGGGCUUUAUUUCUAACAUAUAUGUACUGUGGCUUUUCACUCGUGUUUAUGCUACGAAGAAACUGAAUGAAAUCAAAAUAUUCAUGGUGAAUUUGACAAUAGCUGACCUCCUCUUCCUGGCCACGUUGCCAACGUGGAUUGUAUAUUACCACCACAGAGGAGACUGGAUCAUGUUCCCCUUUUUGUGCAAUGUGGCUGGUUACUUUUUCUUUGUGAACACCUACUGCUCUGUUGCCUUUCUGGGAGUCAUAACGUACAAUCGCUUCCAAGCAGUCACAAGGCCCAUAUCAACGGCUCAGUCCAGCACACGAAGAAGGGGCAUCUAUGUGACUGUAGCUAUCUGGCUCCUGAUAGCAGGGCCAUCCAUAUACUUCCUCUAUGAUGGUGGCCCUAUCAAGGAGGGGAAUUUCAAUCGCUGUUUUGAGCGCUAUGACACCCAAACUGAUACUAAUCCUGUUUUUGUCUUCCAUGUAAUCAUUUGUGUUUGUUUCUUUAUUACUUUUUUAAUUGUCCUGGUGUGCAAUGUAUCUAUUAUCCGGGCAUUACUCUCCCAACCACUGCAAGAACGGAAGAGCAGCGUCAGGCAACGCGCUCUCUGGCUGGUGUGCACUGUCAUGACUGUCUUCAUUCUCUGCUUUGUGCCUCAUCACAUUGUGGACUUACCAUGGACUCUGAUGGUUCUGGGCAAAUGGGAGAUAAACUGCCAGAACAAAAAGUUGCUGAAUGAUCUCCACCAAGUAACCCUCUUCCUCCUGGGUGCCAACUGUGUUCUGGAUCCUAUCAUCUACUGCUUUCUCACUAAAAAAUUUAGGAAGCACCUUUCGGAGAAUUUGAAAAGCAUAAAGGACAGCCGCAAGUGUUCCAGGCAAACGACUGAGACAGGAGUAGAUGGGAUGAUGCCUUUGCAAGAAUGCCCUCACAUCAUUAAGUCUUAAGCUGUAGAGGCCUACGGUUUUCUAUUGUGCUUACAUAAACUCCAAGAUCAGGCUGGUGGCAGACAAAAACUUUCCACAUCUCAACAUGUUUGGCAGAUUAAUUUACGUUUCUAGCAUGUCUCUGCUGCAACUUCAGGAACAGAAUAAUUAAGACUGAUUAAGUCUCGCAUUUCCAAAAGAGGAUGGAAUGAUCCAUGCAAAUAUACCUUGCUAUUGUUGUCAAAGGAAAAGACUAGAACUCUUUCAUGGUAUCUUUCUUAAAAGUUCAUUGUCCUGUAGUUAAUUCACAAUUCUUUACUGGAAAGGGUAAUGGACAGCGGCACUGUAGAGUCACUGCCAGUCAUAGAAUCAUAGAGUUGGAAGGGACCUUGUGGGCCAUCCAGUCCAACCCCCUGCCAAGAAGCAAGGAAAUUGUAUUCAAAGCAUUUCGGACAGAAAACAGUGCUAUCUGAUAGAAUGAGACUGUGUAUCUAAUAUUUGGGUAUCACUGGUUUUGUGAGGAAGUAAGGAUGGAGACAAACUGCUGCACACAAAAGGCUUAACUAUAUCUAUCAUUCCCCUUUCUGGAUGGCAAACUUGAGUCACAGGGGUUGAGGUGAGAAAGCCACUACGGGAUGUCUCUGCUUUCAUUCAACAGAAAAUAGCUGUGUUAUGAUAGUUCCACACUAUGGUGGAAAAUAAUAAAAUCUAUAUACCACACUAUGGUGGAAAAUAAUAAAAUCUAUAUACCUAUA